CGGUGAUUUUGAAUUCUCAUGUCGGGACAACAGCGAACUCUUCAGCCUUACGUCACUGGAGCUUCAGUAUUGGCAGUGAAGUAUAAGGAUGGUAUUAUGAUGUGCUAUGACACUUUGGCCAGCUAUGGCAGUUCUGCGAGAUUCACGGGAGUUGACAGGGUUAUCAAGGUCGGCAGUAACACCCUCGUGGCUGCUUCGGGUGAGAUUUCAGAUUUUCAGUAUCUGAGUGAUAAUCUACAGGAUCUUGAAAACCAGGACUGGCUUUGUGAUGAUGGAACUGAGCGUGGCCCCUCGGAAUGGGCACAGUAUAUCAGUCGUAUAUACUACCAGAAACGAGGCAAGAUGGAUCCUCUUUACAACAAUGUGGUCAUUGGUGGUAUCAACAAGAAGGGCAGCAGCGAGGAGCCUUAUUACCUCGCUACUGUUGACCUCUACGGAACUUUCUUUCAAGAGGAUAUUGUGGCAACAGGUUUCGGUCAGCAUUUAGCGAUCCCGAUCAUGCGCCGUAAGCAUCGUAAUGAUAUGUCCGAGGCGGAGGCCAGAGAGAUGUUGGAGGAAUGUAUGAAUGUGUUGUACUACCGUGAUUGCUAUUGCUCCAAUAAGGUCAAGUUCGCGACUAUCACAGCUGAGGGAUAUAAAAUCUCCAACGAGGUUGUUCUUUCUGGCAAGUGGGAUUAUCAGAGAUGGAUUACUCCUACUAUCGAGAUCGCCCAGACUUUGGGGUCCAGCUGGUAGAGUCUCUAGACUAAACACCGUGGAGCUGAUACCAGUUGGAUGUGGAGGUCAUUAGUAUCAACAGUAUUUCCC